AUGUCGACAUCGCCAGGGCGCAGCCGCCGCUGCCGGCCUCCCGCUAGGCGCAGGCACAGCAGACAGCUGCCGAGUUGGCCUCAGAGCGCUGUUCCUGGACAGUUGGCGCGCGCGUCCCAUCACAACAGAGCUCGCCUCGCGGACACCCUCUCGCUUGUCGCGGCCCGCUUGCUUCCCUGCGGAUCCUCCUCGCGGCAGAAACUCCCACACGCCAGCGUGGCGAACUUCUCGACUUCGGCUGCCGCCAUGGUCAGCAGCGCUGGGGUCGACGAUGGCCCGCAGAUCACCGCCAUCCAUACAGGCGACGUUUACCGACUUGUCGAAUACCCGUUCCCGGCGGCCCCGCCGCUGAUCCUGCCUGUCCACGACCCAGAGGCGCAGGCCACACAUGUGUAG